UACCAAGAUUGGGUUUUAAACUGAAAAUAUGUUUCACAGGUCUUUACGACUCUGUUAAAUACAGCCAAAAAUAUCAAAUCUGCUUUGCAACGCAAUUAGAAUUGAAUGCACCUCUGAGUAUGUGAUGCCUUCAUCGAAGGGAGUUAGUGCUGAGACAACAGUGAAGAAUAAGAAACCUAAUGGUGAAAGUAGUACACGCAAUCUGAAGAAGAGAAGGAAGAAUGCAACUAGAAUUUGUAACAAGAUCUUGGUGAAAUCCGCUCUAGUUGCCAAAAGUUAUUCCUGCGAUACAUGCAACGUUAGUUUUUCCUUAAAAAGAAAACUUAUCAGGCAUAUGAGUGUUCAUAAAUAUAUCUGUGACGCUUGCAAUGAAAAAUUUGAAUCGAGGAACAAACUGAAAGCACAUGUAGCAUCCGCUCAUGGGCCGGAAAAAUAUCCAUGCACUGCGUGUGACCAUGUGAGUAAUAACAAGUGGUCGCUACACGACCACUUUGUCAGAAAGCACACAGAGAAAUACAAGUUUUCGUGUAACGUUUGUAAUAAAGAGUUUAAAAUCAAGAACGACUUGCAAACCCAUAUAAACCGAAGUCACAGUGAGAAUCCGCCUCUGGUUUGUGACAUAUGCGGUCAUACCAAUAAGAGCAUCCAUGCCCUAAAGUGCCAUAAAAAGUACGCCCACCACAAGCCACAAUUUAAAUGUAAACUCUGUAAAAGAAGAAUGACGACUCAAGAGUAUUUGGAUCGCCAUAUGCAGGGGCAUCAGACCAAGGAAAGAGUGAUUUGUCCAACAUGUGGUAAAACAUUUCGUGAAAAAUAUUCAUUGGAUGUUCACACGAUGAUCCACACUGGCGUCAAACCUUUCAUUUGUCCUGUUUGUGGAAAAGGCACCCUGGCCCCCUACCUCCACUCCCUGCCGUAUCUGUCAAAAAUAUUGUCACCGACUUCACAAGAGAUUAUGUACAGAGACAUUGCAAUGACAAAGAAUGACUGUCACAUCGCCAGUUGCGCAUUAUUAAAUACUUUUUGGACAAAGAAAUGUGCUUUAGCUUGGGUUACAAUGGGUAUCGACUGCUGA